AUGGAACACGACAAGAAAACGUUCACCAGAUCGAUUGAUGUAGAUGACGAUAAGACCCUGAAGAUUUUCCAGGAGUUGGAAAGUGAUGUUGGUGGUGUUGUAUGGGAUAGUGCCCUAGUUGCCGCUCAUUAUUUCAUAAAGAACGCUGAGAAGUAUCAGAAUAAAAAGGUUCUUGAACUAGGAGCAGGUACUGGUGUAUGUGGCUUAGUACUGGCUGUUCUUGGAGCUGAUGUCAUCAUCACUGAUCCUACCAUCACGUAUACCACUUCUGGAAAAGAACUACGAAACCAACAAAUCGAUUUGUCGUGGAUCAGUAUCGAUCGAACCGUUGGACUGGACAUGUAUCGGGAUCCGACGACAUCGUCCAAUUAUGACGAGAUCAAGGUCACUCACUAUUUUCUUGAAUGGAAUGUGUGUUUUCUCCAAAAGAACAUUUAUGGCUGUAUCGAAAUGACGUUGAAAGCACUGAAAAAUGUGGAUAAAAUUGUACUUGAUGUAGAUAAACUAGCGAUUUCUAGUGUGAAUCUUAAUGGACAAGAUAUCCAAUUCACCGUUGAACCAGGCACUCCUAUCGGAGAGAAAAUAGUGAUCAAGUCGCCUAUAAGCGAGGGCCAAGAAGUAAAACUCGCGAUAACUUACUCGACAGCUAAAGAGGCCGUAGCUCUUCAAUUUAUGGACAAGGAGAUGACUGCUGAUAAGAAGGCACCGUACUUGUUCUCACAAUGUCAAGCGAUUCAUGCUCGUUCAAUUAUGCCGUGUAUGGACACACCAUCUGUGAAGUCAACAUAUAGUGCAGAGGUAACCGUACCCAAUGACUUGGUAUGCCUAAUGAGUGCAAUUGGUAAAGGAAAGAAAAAGUCUGGAGAUACUACCACUUACACAUUCGAACAGCCUGUUGCUAUACCAUCUUACUUGUUGGCAAUCGUUGUUGGACACAUUGAACGAAGGGAAAUCAGUCCACGGUACGUUUCAGAAUAG